GAUGAAAUACGACCCCAGUUUGAAGCCAAAUACUCCAAGAAGGAGAGGAUGAACCCCAUAUCAGGAAAACCUGAGCCUCACCAGGCCUUCUCUGACAAAUACAGCCGCCUUCUGGUCUCAGCAUCUGGAAUAUUCUUUAUGAUCCUGGUGGUGAUUGCUGCUGUGUUUGGCAUCGUGAUUUAUCGCGUCAUCACCGUCAGCACAUUCGCUGCCUUCGGCUGGGCGCUCAUCAGGAACAACUCUCAGGUGGCCACCACAGGCACCGCAGUCUGCAUCAACUUCUGCGUCAUCAUGCUCCUCAACGUGCUUUAUGAAAAAGUUGCUCUUCUUCUUACAAAUUUAGAGCAGCCGAGGACAGAGUCGGAGUGGGAGAACAGCUUCACCUUCAAGAUGUUCCUUUUUCAGUUCGUCAACCUGAACAGCUCAACUUUUUACAUCGCCUUCUUUUUGGGAAGGUUUACGGGCCGACCAGGUGCAUAUCUACGCCUCAUCAAUCGCUGGAAACUGGAGGAGUGUCACCCGAGUGGCUGCCUCAUUGACCUCUGUAUGCAAAUGGGCAUCAUUAUGGUGCUAAAACAGACCUGGAACAACUUCAUGGAGCUUGGCUAUCCACUCAUUCAGAACUGGUGGACAAGACGGAGGCUAAGGAGAGAACAUGGCCACCACAUGGACAGCCUCCCACAGUGGGAGAAAGACUACAAUCUUCAGCCAAUGAAUGCCUACGGACUCUUUGAUGAAUACUUGAAGAUGAUUCUACAGUUUGGUUUUACCACCAUCUUUGUGGCAGCGUUCCCUCUGGCUCCUCUCUUGGCCCUGAUCAACAACAUCAUUGAGAUUCGUUUGGAUGCGUUCAAAUUUGUCACACAGUGGCGCCGCCCUCUGCCCUCGCAGGCCAAAGACAUCGGAAUCUGGUAUGACAUUUUGGAAGGAAUCGGCAUCCUGUCCGUCAUUACCAACGCCUUCGUCAUCGCCGUCACAUCUGACUUCAUCCCUCAGCUCGUUUACGCCUACAAGUACGGACCCUGUGCUGGUCAGAGUCAAUCAGGAGAGGGGUGUAUGAUGGGAUAUGUUAAUGCCAGUUUGUCCAUUUUCCAAGUGUCUGACUUUGAGAAGAGGUCUCAGCCCAGAACUAARGGCUCUGAAAUGUUCAAAGAGGCUGUGAAGUUUUGCAGGUAUCGUGAUUACAGAGAACCUCCCGACUCGGCUGAGUCCUACUCCUACACUCUGCAGUUCUGGCACGUCCUGGCUGCUCGCCUGGCAUUCAUCAUCGUAUUUGAGCACAUGGUGUUCGCCAUCAAGACCCUGAUUGCGUACCUGAUCCCUGACCUUCCCAAGGACCUACGGGACAGGAUGCGCCGAGAGAAGUAUCUGAUCCAGGAGAUGAUGUACGAGGCCGAGCUGGACCGACUGCAGAAGGAGAAGAAAGAGAAGAAGAAGAAGGGCCCAGCCCAUCACAAGGAAUGGCCCUGAAUGCACCACAGGGUACAGCUUUACAUUCAGACCAGUUGGAUUAUUCAGCUCUGCUGUGGGGUUUCUUUUAAAUUGUUACAGAAAAGCAAUUUGAAACUGACAAUGCAUUGUUACAACCCACUGGCUCAACAGGAAGUAACACAAUGAGACCCAAGACAAAAACGUGGGAUUAACUAAAAAAGGUUUAUUAAACUGGAAAUGAUGUAGUUGGGGAGCACCACAACCAGGCUGCAGCCAGCAGCAAGGAAAGGAAGAGAGGGGGAGAGAGCCAGCUCAGAGGACAGGGUGUGGCUCCCUCAAAUAGGCUGCUCACACCUGUUGGUAGUAGGGAUGAUUAGUGGCAGAGGUUUAACCUGC